AUGAACUUGAGGAGCAGAGGUUCAUCAAGCCUUGUUCCCAUUGUUGAAGACAUUUCUGCACUUGAGAGGGAGAUUAUGAGAAGAAGAAGGGAAGAAGAGCAACAUGCUCACAUUCAGAGGUUGGGGUUUGACAUGGAGAACCUGCCUCAAGAUAGAGCUGCUGAAGAUGGUCAAGGAGCUGCCAACCUUAGACCAAGACAUCCACAGCGCCAAGUUAGAGCAAUUGGUGCCCAUGAUCAGCCUAAUAUCCAUGGAAAUAGGGCUGGCAUUAGAGCACCAGCUGUGGAGAACAACAACUUUGAGAUCAAGUCAAGCUUGAUCAACAUGAUCCAAAGCAACAAGUACCACGGGCUUGCUUUGGAAGAUCCUCUAGAUCACUUGGACAACUGUGAUCGGCUGUGUGGCACCAUUAAGAUCAAUGGUGUGUCUGAAGAUGCAUUGAAGCUUAAGUUGUUUCCAUUCUCUUUGGGAAAUAAAGCUCACACAUGGGAGAAGGGUCUUUCAAGAGAUAGCAUCCAGACAUGGGAUGAGUGCAAAGAAGCUUUCCUCACCAAGUUCUUCUCUAACUCAAGAACUGAAAAGCUUCGGAAUGAGAUUUCAGGAUUUCAACAAAGGAAUCUUGAAGGUUUUGGUGAAGCAUGGGAAAGAUUCAACAGCUACAUCACUCAAUCUCCACAUCAUGGCUUCAACCAGGAGAGUUUGCUUAGUACUUUCUACAGAGGAGCCUUGCCUAAGUAUAGAAGCCAACUUGACACUGCUAGCAAUGGCUUUUUCUUGGGCAGAACUGAAGUAGAAGCUUUGGAGCUUGUUGAGAAUAUGGCCAAGAGUGAUUCAGUCUACAAUGAGGACAAUGAUAGAAGUAACAGAGGCAGUGAUGGAGAGGAUCAGAACACAAGGAAAGAGUUGAAGGCUCUACAAGAAAAAAUGGAUUUGCUUCUUUCUGAUAAAGCCAAGCAAGAAAAGGUGAACUUUGUUGGUGAGCAGAAACAAGAAGAGACAGCUAAGAUCAAUGAAGUUGAUGGGCUAGAAGGACAAGAAGAGUUGUGCUUUGUGAAUGCUAAUGGGACUUGGUACAAGAAAGAGCCCAACUUUCAGUACAACAACUACCAACAAAGACCCUACUCAAACAACCAGCAAGGUGGCUAUCAAGCAAAGCAAAACUACUCUCAAGGCUACAACAUAAAAGGGAACCAGUCUACUCAAGCUCAAGGAAGCUCUUCUCAAACUCAGUCUCAAGACACUAAUGUGGAAUCAAUGUUCAAGCAACUCCUUGAGGCUCAAUCCAAAAGUGAGAAGAACAUGGGUUAUGAGCUGAGAAACAUCCACACAAAGAUUGAUGGAAGCUACAAUGAGCUCAACAACAAGUUCAAAGCUUUGGAGAACCAGUUUGCUUCAUUCAGCUCUCAAUCAAGCGUCAACAAGGCUCUCUUCCUGGAAAACCUGAGCAAAACCCCAAGGAAGCAAUGA